CGCAUCGCAGCCGGCGGGGCGGAACAGCACUCAUCGACCCAGUCGGUUUCUAGGAACCGCCGACAGACCGGGCACACCACCGUGUUUAUCACUAAAGACCUGCCGCUUUUAUCAGCUAGUCUGCUACCCUACCUGCAUCUCGAUACACAAUGGGAGAGCGAGAGGACCUAGUUUAUCAGGCGAAACUUGCCGAGCAGGCAGAGCGAUAUGACGAGAUGGUGGCGUCAAUGAAGAAUGUGGCUGGUAUGAACGUGGAGCUCACAGUGGAGGAGAGGAACCUACUAUCAGUGGCCUACAAGAAUGUGAUCGGAGCUCGGAGAGCCUCCUGGAGGAUAAUCAGCAGUAUUGAACAGAGGGAAGAGAGCAAGGGCGGAGAAGAGAAACUGAAGAUGAUCCGGGAAUACAGGCAAACGGUUGAAAAUGAGCUGAAGUCAAUCUGUGGUGACAUUCUGGAUGCACUGGAUAAGCAUCUAGUCCCUUCCGCUGUCAUGGGCGAGUCCAAGGUCUUCUACAACAAAAUGAAGGGUGACUACCACAGGUAUCUGGCAGAGUUUGCCACUGGCAACAACAGGAAGGAGGCAGCAGAGAACAGCCUGGUGGCCUACAAAACUGCCACUGAUCUAGCCACAUCAGAGCUGCCACCCACGCACCCCAUCCGCCUUGGCCUUGCCCUUAACUUCUCCGUCUUCUACUAUGAGAUCCUCAACUCACCUGACCGCGCUUGCAGGUUGGCAAAGGCUGCGUUUGAUGACGCCAUCGCAGAACUGGACACGCUGAGUGAAGAAAGCUACAAGGACUCCACACUUAUCAUGCAGUUGUUACGUGACAACCUGACACUAUGGACUUCAGAUAUGCAGGGAGAGGAGUCCUAAAGGAAACAAACCUGUUCGUUUCCCAUGUUAACUGUACUUUGCGAAGAACAGAACAAAGAGGCACUGCAAGACGUUGAGGAUGAGGCCCAGUGAGACUAUGCCACCAACAGCCAACAACUUGAGACCCUCCCCCCUCACCUCCUCACACUCCUCAUCCCUCCUCCUCCUCCUCCUCCUCCCCCGUCUUCCCUCUCUGAGAGUCACCUUCCUCUUCCUCCUCUUCCUCCUCCCCUCCUUUCCCUUUUCUUCCACCUCUGCAGCUCCAGGACCCAGCAGGGUCACGGAGUUAACAAGUUUAUUUUUCUCUUCUUUUUUAUUUUUAUAUUAGCCCUUACAUCAUUCAAGUAAAUACCACUUAAUUGAGACAGGAAAUACAAUGUUAGAAAGACAAAGAUAAAGACAGAGGUCCCUGGAUUGUUUUGUGUUUUUUGUCCUGGUACAAGCGGUUCUGAAAAUGUUAUCUUUGUUUUCAUUGUUGUAUUUUUGUUUGGUUUUGCUUUUUUUUUUUUUCCUCAAUAUUUUUAUCAGUUGCUGGAUGUAUUGAGAAUUUUUCUUAAUGUAAUUACAGAAAUUAACUUUUAUUACUGAUAAUGUUGACUUAGUUAUGGGAGCUAUUUUAUCUCUGUUUUUAGUGAAAUGUCAUGCAGAUCAUUUUACCUUUUUAUGGGCAGUUUGGAAAACGACAAGUGCCCUUUUUGUUAACUUAGUUUUUCAAAGGAAGUUGGCAAAAUUCGCGAUAUCCACGUGGGGCAAAGAAGUGCUGAACUUUUACACCAUAGUGAUUCUGUUGUCAUGUUUUUGUAGUUGUCCUUGGACUGUACUUUGUGCUGAAAUACUGUAACUGUGCACACAUGCUGAAUCUCUGAAGGUUGAUUUAUCUGUAGCUUGUGGUUUUAAUGGGAAAAAAAGAAAAAAAAACUUGGGAGAUUUCUCACUUGUGUAAAAGACGAGUCUGGAUUUGACCCCGCUCUUUGGACAGAGAGCCCUAAAAUCAAAAUGGUCAGUGCUUGCAUGAGUUAAUAAUGAUUAAUAUUCUUUUCUGCUGCUUCACCCCUGCUUUUUACUAAAACUCUUCUAGGAUCAGAGGGUUUCUUUCUUUUGCGGUUUCCUUCGUUGCUCUUCUUGUUUUGCUUCAUUAUGUGUAACUUGGAGCUGAUUUGUACUACUGGAUAUCUGACUGGAGCCACAGACAGGGAAUCUGUAUUGUUCUUACUGAAACACAGCAUGGAAUUAACAUUAAACAAUCUAAAUUAAACAUUACAAUUUAA